CAUUGGGCUGGAUGGUCUGCCCGAUUGGAUUUUGUCGCGAGCGUGUGAUAAAAUGGCUUGCAAUAUCAAGCCACUGCACAAAAGCAAACAUUUCCCAAUAGAUCAGUUAGUAUGUGUCGGCAAUUACGAAUUACAACGGACAAUCGGCACGGGAAAUUUCGCCGUCGUAAAACUAGCUACACACAUUAUAACUAAGAGUAAGGUGGCGAUAAAAAUAAUAGAUAAAUCAAGAUUAGAUGAAGAUAACUUGAAGAAGACCUUCAGGGAGAUCGCUAUCAUGAAGAGAUUGAGGCAUCCGCAUAUCGUUAAGUUAUAUCAGGUCAUGGAGAGUACACACACAUUAUAUUUGGUAACUGAGUACGCGCCAAAUGGAGAAAUAUUUGAACACUUGGUAGAGCGAGGUCGAAUGCCCGAAUCUGAGGCGGCGCGAGCAUUCGCCCAAAUGGUUGCGGCAGUGGGGUACUGCCAUCAGAACCGAGUGGUGCACAGGGACCUCAAGGCUGAGAACCUACUGCUUGACAAGGAUAUGAAUAUCAAGUUGGCAGACUUCGGGUUCAGCAACGAGUACACGGCCGGGUCGCCGCUGUCCACGUGGUGCGGCAGCCCGCCGUACGCCGCGCCUGAACUCUUCCAGGGCAGACAUUAUGACGGACCCAAAGCCGACAUCUGGUCUCUGGGUGUUGUUCUGUACGUGUUGGUCUGUGGCGCGCUGCCCUUCGACGGCAGUACGCUGAGCGAGCUGCGAACAGUUGUGCUCGGGGGCAAGUUUAGGAUACCUUACUUUAUGUCACAAGAUUGCGAACACUUAAUACGACACAUGCUGGUCGUUGAGCCAGACCGACGGUUGACGCUGCGUGCUGUGUCGCGACACAAGUGGCUCACCUCGCACACGCAGACGCACUCAGAGCUAUCGGAAGGCGUGUGUCUGUGUCACGGGGGGAGCGGGACAGAAGGCGUGGCAACUGCGAGUGCGAGCGAGAUAGACAACGCGGCUCACGAGCUGGCUCUGUCCCACAUGCUGACCCUGCCGGGACUCACGCAUCAGAUGAUACAACAGUCGGUGGAAGAGGAACGUUUUGAUCACAUAUCAGCCAUAUACUACCUGCUCGUCGACAAGUUGAAGGGUAGCGACGACGCAUUAACAGAUUCGCUAGAAUCUAAUACGGGACUGGCGUUGGAUUCAUGUUUAAAGUCCGAGGGAAUUGAAAGUAUGGAGGCAGAGGAAACAGUGCCGUACCUCACAGCGGAUGGGGCGGGUCACGAGUUGGAGCGGUUCGGAGAUAUCUCUCCCCCGCGCAGUGAAGAGCCCCCACAGCGACAGACCGACUGCCACGCCACGCGGCGGCACACCGUGGGCCCUGGCGACUGUCGUCACACACAGGUUGGUGAGCUAUCGUCGUGUGGCGCGGCGUCAGCGGACCUCAGAACUGCGCCGCACUGCGCCUCCACACAUCUCCACCAACAGGCGGCAGCCCGAGUGUCGCUACUGCCACAUACGAACCUUGCGAGCAGGCUGUCUGCGGCGCACGACCACCCACCCCAGUGCUUCAGCGUCAAAGACCAGCACUUGUUGAAGCCGCCGGUCGCCAUGAUGACGCACGCGUCGUCGUUCGGACGUCGCGCGUCGGAUGGCGGAGCGAACGUGGUACGGGGGGACCAGUCGACACAAUAUGUAUCCGACAACGUCAGUCCGAGCCGAGGUGAUGACAACGAACGGACAGACGACCAGUCCUCCGAAUCGCAGUACAAUAGUAACUUAUGCAGGUACAUGUUGAACCGUGGAAGCACCAAACGUCACACCAUGGCGACACCAGAGGACGCCUCCGUCUGUGCAGCCACUACAAUUCAGGCGAGUACAUCACCGUCGUCAUCAUCAAACAUCCGCGUCAGAAGAACCGGUCUGCUGACAGUCACCGAACGACCACCCGUAAUAAGUCCGGAACUUGUUAUGGAAGUGGAAGCGAGGAUGAAAAGAAAUUACCUCCCACCUUCAAUACAGGGGCAAUACAAUCAGGGGUAUCAUAGUCCUCCGCAAUCGUCCAAUGUACCCCAGAGCCCAACACAGGGGUCAAUCACGGCCGGCACGAGCUACAGCAUAUCUGUGAAACCGCUCCUAGAAACUAUACCCCAAGGAAGUAUUAUGGGCUCAAUAACUUCAGGCACCCCUAUGACACAGGCUGUUGCGCCGUUUACCCCAUCUAUGGGGCAAUUCUCUCCGCCUCAACAAGUUAAUCAAACCUCAAAUCAAGGUUCAAUAGUUUCCGGGACGCCGAUAAAUAAGGAAUACGGCAAUUUCCCCAAUUUCUCAUUUCCGAACAAUAAUAUGGGGUCAAUAACAAGUGGCACCCCUAUGAACAGUGUACUGUCGAGUGGAAAUGCAAUACCGAGUGGAUCGAUAACCGCCGGAACAGCGUACAAUCAGCCACAGUAUACGAGACAAAGGAAAUACUCUGGACCGCAACGAGUCAAACUGCAAAUGUUGGCGACUGUACAGGAAAUGGCUCGUGAACACGCGGAGAGAUAUUCCCCGGUCCGCCGAGCGGAGUGCAGUCCACCGCGACAGGCGCACGAUAUAGCGUCUGCGAGGCUAGAGUACCAACAGUUACAGCGUGGAUUGGAGCGUCGAGGCGGGAGUGCUAGCGCUCCGCCCUCGGAGCUAAGGCUUCAUACACAUGCAGUAUCUUUACCUGGUUCCCCUAAACACGCAGGUGUUGCACCUGCGCUGGAUCUAACGACAGGGGAUCCACCUCGAGACCGGGACAUGACACUUAAUCUUGGCAUGAAUCUGAACCUAUAUUCUCCGCAUUUGUCACAGGACGUCCUAAAAUCUAUACAUUCUUACGGUAACUUCGGCAGGGCUUCGCCCGCAAGUCCCGGAUCACCUUUGCAUCAAAUCACUGAAGGACUGAGCUACUUGCACACAGGAUCAAUAACUAGAGGGACACCACAGCCGAAUGCAACUCCUCUUGAUCUCAGGAGUAACGUAGAAAUGGAUACAAACUAUCCGCAGUUACUCCCAAUGAUUCACCCACAAAUACACAUGGUUACCCACAGAUCUCUUAACAAUUCCCCCAUCUCAAAUCCCGGUUCACCCCUGGACAUGAUCCAGGAAGAAAUCGGCAAUGGAACUCACAACGAUGUCAAAUUUCAAGAAAGAAAUUAUCAGUAUCCAUCUACCCACCCACAAAUUAGCAUAACUGACUGCUUAGGUUCUGAGAUUACUUUAGUAGCAUCUUCAUCGGAAGACAGUGUAGACAGUCUAGAAAACUCAAAAUACCCUCUACCACAAUUCGUUAUAUCUGAACCUUCAGACUUGGACGAUCGACCGUCUAUAACCAAAGGCAUAGGUAGAAAAGUCAGCCAAGAAACAGAAUUCACCCAAGUUGAGCAUUGCGAAGAUAGAGAUACAGAAAUGCAGUCACCUAAAGAGAUUGAUGAAAAUUAUCUGGUGGAUGACAUUCGGGCUAGAAGAGGCAGUGAUAAGUCUCUUGGUUUUAGUGAUGACUCUUUGAGCAACGAUUCGGCGAAUGCCUCGCCUAAUUGCGAACAAAACAUCCAGUCAAUAUACUCGAAUAUUGUAUCUAUUAGUUCAGGAUUUAGCGAAAAUAGAGGUAGUUUCUCGGAGCACAGAGAGUCAUUUUCAUUUUCAGAUCGGGGUAGUUUCUCCGAACGGGGAGAUUUUGGCAGAUCUUCGUUUUCUGAAAGGAGUGAUUUAGGUCGAGGCAGUUUCUCCGAAAAAGGUGAAACACCAAGGUCCUCCUUUUCCGCUCAAGGUGUUUUGGGAGAAGUGAAGGAGUACGAUAAUCCUGAUGAUAAAACUCAAAUAGAGAAGAUCCAGAGAUCGACGAUGGACUUGAGAUUAACUGAUGUUUGUAGACCGGAAGACCAGAGGAUACCGAUCCUCCUUAGUCCUCAUCAGAUAUCCUGCGCCCAAGAAUACUACGAAGUAGCGUUAUCAACAGUAUGCUCCCAACUUGAUACCCACAGGAUAGUAGAAUUAAUUAAAGAGACUAUUAACAGCAGGGUGCCGCCGCAAAAUAUAUUCGUCGAUACAGGAGGAGAUUCAGAUAGCUUGCCUGGGUUUCUGAACUUGGAGUAUUCUGGAGGGAUUCAGAUUGAAUUGGCUCUGUGCGAGAAUAACGAGAAGAAGGGCUUAAAGAUGAGGAGGAUAUCUGGAGAUCAGCGGGAAUACGGGAAACUUUGUCAACAGCUUAUCACCAGUUUGACUGUCUAAUAUCGGAAGUUGAAAGUAUUUUUUAGGAAACCAUAAUUAACUCAUAUUUUAUAUAAAUUUAAUUAAAAACCUUAACGAAAAAGUUUUAUUGCGGGUUGGCUUUUGAUGUGUCGCUUUUCGCCAAGUUUCAACACUGUAUAGUAUAACAAACGAUUUGUCGGCUUCGAUCUUUGAAAAAUAAUAUUUAUUAUGAUAUUUAAUGUUUCUUGCACAAGACGGUAUCUUACUAUUCAUAUUAAUUGAAGAGAUUUAAGUCACACGAAUUGGGGUUCCAGAGAAAACAGCAUCGCAAUUUCAGUGAUAUAUUUGCAAAGACACAGAAUUUGGUAUGGCUAACAUUGGAAUUUUGAAAAAAAAAAGUAUGUUGUAUAUUUUGUGUUUAAGCCACUUGAGUUUUUUUUUUGCAAUAGGUGUACAUAUUUACUCUAUCCAAGAGAAUCAGGCUAAUAAUAAAACAAAUGAAAUAAGGUAUAUAUAGAGGCGGGUCUGGGUACCUGCCGGUCAAAGAUCUUGACUAUACCAGAGUGCAUCGACGGACAUGAUAACUGACCGUCCGUGACAUUCUAUAGGAAGGCAAACUAGACGAGAUAAAGAAUGUAAGCAAAGUUCCAGGAGUUCAAAACAUUUCCAUCAAUAUCUUUGAAUAUUGGAAAGAAUUGAUAUAUUUCAAAGAAUGUCUAAAGCUAUUAGGCAAUAACACCAAAAAUCAACAAGAAAACUAACAGAAACAGAUUAAUAAUAACAAAAAAGUAAGUAAAUUCGGAAACGAAAAAAUACGUAUCACUUUGAACACAAUCCAAACAGGAAUGAACUUGUUCACAAAAUGGCGGACAAAAGGUUUACAACCGCGGUACUGACUGCGGCACCUUUACUAUGAAACACGCAACAACAGCUCUUGUCGACUAACUGACUCCAUUACUGCGUGUGCGUACGAUUGAAAAGGACAGAGACAAUAAUCGCUCGCUAUCCCAACGUAACUCAGUAACGGUCCGUGUGUUUACAUUUUUUUAUCUCGUCUGGCUGGCCUUAGUAUAGCUAGCUAUAGUAACAAUACACUUUUUAAGUAUUUUCCCCAAGGACAUUAUCAAUUUCAUGCCACUGACUGCUGCCAGAAAGAGCAAAGAAGGGGCAUCAAAAUAAAAGCUUUUUAAUGCUACCCGCAUUUAAACCACAGUUUAGGGAAUGUUGGCGCGAAUGCUAUUGAACCUUGUGUACUAGACAUGUGAUAUACCAAAGCUAGGUGUAAAAUUGAGCAAUUAUAGUUUUAGACUCUCCGAUUUCUGGAUACCGUCCCGAAUAACUCUCCGCACGGGGUAGACGCCAUAAUUUCUAAAUGACUUUACUUCAUGAAAGCGUGAUUUGAAAUAGAUGGUGUGGAACAGUUGUAUGGCUGUGAUAAUUAGAAGUAGCAGCUACUCACAAAGACAUUGUAUUUUUUGUGCGUAGACAGAUAGUCUUUUAAUGAAUAUUUGGUUUGUAAAUUUUCAGGGUAUAUCGAAAGUCAUUUAAGAAAUUAGACGUAACUGUUUGGAUGCUGUAUGUGCUGGUACCAUUGUCUGAUGAAUUGUUUUGUCUGCGUAAAUAUUGAUCCGAAAAUGAUGAACUUGAUUACGUUAAAAUAAUUAAUAGACGUCUCAGAUUGUCGUCAGUUUCGUCGGGCUCGCUGCGGCUGCGGCUUCGACGGCGUGGUUGAAUACUCAAAUAUUAGUAGGAACAUUUUUUACUCAAAUAAUCAAACAAAGUCUGGGCGAGCUAUAAUUUCUAAAUAACUGAAAAUACAUAAAUUAACAUCAAGUACAUCCUUCAGAUAAAAUGGUACCAGCUCUCAGAGCAUACGAUUGCGCAGAGCGUUCGAUCACCACGAUUUUUCUUAACGUCAUUCCUAAAUGUAUGUGUGUACAUAAUUAUCGGGACUAUAUAGGUUUGUUCGUUGGUGCAUACAUUCCGAUGUUAGCUUAAAAAGUACGAUUUUACUGGAUCUUAAAAUUAAUUUCAAAAUUAUUAUCUUAAGUCUUUAGUUGGUUUCCUGCCCGUAGUCCUACUAUGCCACAUUGUUUUUUAUUAAUUUAGUUAUAAUAAAAUAUGUAGUUUCAUACAAUAAAACUUAUUAUUUAAAAGCCUGAAGGUGGCCGCUCCAUUCCCAAUCGGUGGUAUCAUUAAGAAAGGCAUUUAUGAUAUAAUAACCUUUCUUAACAAUUCUUUUGAAUUUGAUAACACAUUUGUAUUGUACAUUUACGGGGCUCAUGUUGUAAAAGCACACCUUCAUCGCCCAUAAAAGAUUUACUAACUCGACUACCGAGUAGUAUAUCCGGCGAUAGCGGGCCAAGCGAAUUUCGAACAACUUAUAAAAUAAUAUGGACCCUAGAAUUUUCUUUGCUUAUCUGAAGUACUUUUGACCAAAAAACCAAAUUAGCAUUUCAGUUAUGUAAAAAUAACACGCACAUCUUUCAAAAAGUAUUUUAAUAAAGACUUUUAGACGCCUCAAACUUUUGGCCUAUGGACUUCAAUCCCUUACCAUAAAAUAAAUAAAAAAAGAAAGUAUCUUCGUUUAGGGAUUCGACAUAAAUUUAAUGCGGUCGUUAUGUUCCGAAUAAACGUGUAUAGUCCCAAUGUUGAAAAUACGUAAGAUUUUUGUAAAUAUAUAAAUGUAAAUUAUAUAAUUUGUAUAUUAUGUUUCAUGUAUUAACGUAUUAUUUAUUCCACAUUGUAAAUAUUAAAUUGUGACUGGCUCGCGCGAUUAUUUGAAAACCGAAUUUUAUUUAUUUCGGAUGUUAAAUGGCGGGAAAUAUGAAUUGCUUUUUAUUUUAAAAUGAAUUUUGGCCUUACAAAUAAAAGUAUCAAGUGUGUGUCGCAUUAUUAUUAAAAUAAUCUUUUUGACCAAAGCUUAUUAUAUAUUACCAUAGAUUUCUUCUGUUGUUCUUACACAUACAGUUCUAGAAUGUCUAUGGAAGUGAAAAGAAAAUUAAUAGCUUCAAGAAUGUAUUGAAUUAUAAUAUCGAUUGAUACUUAAACGCUUAGAUUACGGAUUGGUCUCCGCUACGCUCGCAACUAGAUACCGCACUGCCUGAGAAUAAUAGCUUUUUUUCAUUACGGCAACUAUUGCUUGUGUGCGUGACAUCUUGAUACUCAAUGGCAUCUUUCAAAUUUUGUACCAUACGUUUCGAGUUAUUUUAUAUUGAAAUUUAUAAAAUUAAAAAUACUGAUGAUAUGUGAUCCCAAUGUCAUUCUGUUCUUGUGGUAUUAUUUUUACAAAGUUUUACUGCGCAACCCGGCAUUUUAAUUUCAAUUAUUAGCAAAGUUAGAACAGAACAUGUGGCGCGUCAACGUCACACAUUGUUCGAUACUGGCUCAAAUACGCCCACUUGGGCGUAGUAAUAGUUGCCGCACUUUGUGACUACGCCUGGGGUUUCUAGUUGGAGCGCAGUGGAGACCAAUCCUUAAUCUAAGCCUAAAUGAAUUAGAAAUGUAAAUAUUAUUAAUGUCUGCCUUAAAAGUUUCCUAUUAUUAUUUUACAUUCCCCUCCCUUGGUUAGAGAAAAAAGUGAAGGCUGUCAAUUAUAUAAUCAAAAUUAACAUUUAUCAAAUAAAGUCAUUAAUAUUUCAAUAAUUAGCAAUAAAUAUUUCUCCGUUUCUAUUGUGUUAUUAAUGAAUUAAGUUUUAUUGCCAUAAGAGUAGUUAGAUUGUUAUUCAAGUUUAUUGUAAAUAAUAUUUUAAUAAAUAAUUCCAAUUCC